AUGAGGCAAAGCUAUCAGAGAGCGACAUUUGUCUAUAUACUUUGUGUCGUCUUUGUAUUGAUUUUAUUCGCACAAAAUAUCAAACUAUUUACUCGAUCUACGCGUUCAAUAGAAAAGAUUCCUUAUAUUGAGAAGACGUCACAGAAUUAUUCGAUCCAAACUGAAAAUUAUGAUGAUCAGUAUUGCAUUGCAUACAACUUUCUGGAAGCAACUGAACAAUUUCGAGAAGACGGUCUCGAACCAAUCACUCUUGCAACUCACGCAACAUCUGAUAUGAUGGGAACUCUAGAAUAUCUGACGUCAACGUGGAAUGGUCCGAUUUCUGUUGGUGUUUUCAUUGACUACCAUUCAAGUCAGGCUCUUGAACAUCUCGCUGAAAUGCAUAGAUGUGACAUAGAAUUCAGGAAAAAGAUGUCAAUCCAUUUUGCUAUUCGUCAAUCAGCAUUUCAGACUAGUUGUCCCAAAGUUCACGUCGCUUCAUCUAACAGAUCUUGUGAAGAGUUUCAUUUGGAAAAAAAACAACUUCGUCGAAAUAUUGCCGGUCCAUUCCAACUUUAUCCAAGUAAUUUGAUGAGAAAUAUGGCACGGAAAGGAGCAAAAUCAGAUAUUCAUUUCAUAAUGGAUGCUGAUAUGAUUGUUAGUGAAGGAUUUGCUCAAAAAGUGAAACCAAUAGCAAAUGAAAUGAUUAAUGGAGAAAAUAAGAAGUUGUUAGUGGUUCGAAGGUUUGAAAGUGUCAAUAAAACAAGCAUUCCAAGAACAAAUAAGGAGUUGAAACAAUCCAUGUUGGAUUCAAAAACAUUCGAAUUCCAUCACAAAUUCUUCCCACAAGGACAUCGUAUUAAAAAUCUGAACGAAUGGUUCGAUAUAUCUAGUCAGUCAGAUGUUGUCAGUACGCAAGAAGUUGCCUAUACAGGAUUCGAUUGGGAAGUACAAGUAAUUCUUCAUAGAAAUGAUCCAUACAACGCAGCUUAUUUUCCAUCGAGAAUAAAAGUCAUGAACUCGUUGAUCUACGCGUUGUGUCGGGCUAAUUAUACAUUUCACGUACUUUCACAUGUAUUCGAUGUCCAUGAGGGUGUCAAGAAAGAGAAUACAGUAUACUCGAAAGCUACAAUCAAACAUCAAUAUUCGUAUGCAGCAAAAAUAGCCGGCUCACGAUACGUCAGAGAGAUGAACGAGUUGUACCCGAAUACCGAAAAACAAUGUGGAAAGUUUAGAAUUUGA